AUGGAUAACAAGAAGACCCCGUACCCGCGCAAUCUUGCUGAGCUAUGGGACGCAGCUCUGCAGCGUCACGAGCAGGAGACAGGGUCAAGGUUGCUGGGGACCGCGAUCGCGAAGGACUACCCGCUUCGCCCUACCAGCGACGAUGAGAUCCUCGCGAUCUUUGCCGCUCAGAGCAAAUCGUUCGAGAUGUUCAGAAGCCGCGGGGCGAAGCUCCUAGCGGUCUUAAAGCCCAUCGUACACUUCACUUGUCUUUUCAUCGAUUCCGGGGCAGAGGCGGCAGCGUCGAUGAAUGCGCCAGGUGGAAAGGCCAUUUUUGUAGCUGUCGCUGUACUUCUACAGGCUACGAAGGGAGUGAGCGCGCUUUAUGACGUUAUCGAGCAUCUCUUUCAAGAGAUCGCACCCUUGCUCAACCGCAUCGCGACUCAUCUCAGACCGUCGACGCCUCCACCCUCCGCUCUUAUGAAUAUCCUCGUCAAGACAUGCAUCCAAGUACUCGAGAUACUCGCGAUGACUACCAAAUACUGCAACUCGGACACCAGCCGCAUUUGGGGCUCCAUCUCGCGACGUACCAAGGAUUACCUUCACGGGUUCACAGGAGAUAGCAAGAUCAAGGCGGCGCUGGAGAAGCUGGACUUUCUGACGAAGAACGAGCUUCUGGAGGCCGUGGCGGAAAUCGGCGCCACCGUACGCGAUCUUCAGCCCCAGAUUCAGUUCGUCGCGGAUGCUGCAGCUAUUGGCAGUUUCCGCAACUGGUUGAAACCGCCCGAUGAACAACCACUCAACUGGGAGAAGAAGCGGUGUACCGAUAGCUGCCGGUGGUUCUUCGACGAAACCUUUGAGAGCUGGACAGUCCAGAGGAACGGAGUAUACUGGAUAUAUGGCAAGGCCGGCGCUGGGAAGAGCGUCUUGUGUUCAUCGAUCAUCGACGUGCUCAAGGAGGAGCCCACGAUCACAUUGGUGUACUUCUAUUUUGACUUCAGUGACCCGGCGAAGCAGGACUGUCGCUCCUUGGCUGCCUCUCUAGUCUUUCAGCUGGGAACCUGUUCCGAAGCGUGCCAGCAGUACCUACAAGGGAAGACGAGGUCUACGUCUCCGAACUACGACGAGCUCCUGUCUAUGCUUUCGGACCUGGUGAAACUCGCUGGAGCUGUGUACAUUGUCAUUGAUGCUCUUGACGAGUGCCCCGAGCCCGCGCGGGAUAGAGGCUCAGCUCGCUUCCUAGAGCAUCUUUGUGAGCUUGAUAGCAACGAGAAGGACUUCCACUUGCUAGUGACUAGUCGCCCCGAAGGCGAUAUCUGGGCUCUUUUCUCAUGUGUCACUCAUAUCUUGAACUAUCAUGAUGCUCAAGAACAUAACGAAGAUAUCAGCUCGUAUAUUCGCUCCGAACUGGACCGAAAGGAGUAUCGCUGGCCGUCCGAUGUGAAGGAGACCAUACGUCAAGCCCUCGAGGACGGAUCUAACGGGAUGUUUCUGUGGGUUGACCUCCAGCUAUCCCGUUUGAGGGGUUGUGUAUCCGCUGCGGAUGUCGAGCGCGCCUUGAAAGAACUCCCUGCCGAUCUUACUGCGACAUAUAAACACAUUUUGGAAAAAAUUGACCCGUCAUCUCCUCAGAUGGAGCGCGUUCGUCGGGUCUUCGGAUGUGUUGCUUCUGCAAAGCGGCCGCUUUCCACGGCUGAAGUAGUGGAGAUCUACACUCUCGAUACCGAUCUGAGGUCGUCGGACGAUAUGGAUAUUGAUGACUAUGAGACAUUCAUACUCGAGAGAUGCACGGGUCUAUUGAACAUUGUUAAUUGGAGAAAUUAUCCUGGCGAUGAUGUGCGUAGAACCGUGCAGUUCAUCCAUUUCUCCGCCAGGGAGUUCCUCAUGUCUCCGAAGCUCCGAGAUACCGAGAAAUCUGCGCAUUGCUACAGCUUCGAUGAAUACACGGCCAAUCUUGUGCUAUCGAAGAUAUGCCUCGCGGCACUUGAUGUCACACCCUCAUUCCCUUCCAUACUCGUAUACGCAGGCAGGUAUUGGAGAGACCACGUCUCGCAUCAGAACGAACUUGAUCUUGACGGAUUUCUUCAGAGAUUUCUACAGGAGGACUCUCCAUCCUUUUCUCGCUGGACAGGCUCCUUAUCUCUCUUUGAUCCAGAUCCAAGUGAUCACGCUAUUCAUUGGGUAGUACGCCUCAAUCUGUCUCACUAUCUGAACAAGCUGCUGGCACAGUCACAGUUCGACCAAUCUCCUCCCAUGAGAAGCAUUCUUGUUACAAUACGUUGCUCCCAAAAUCGGACUUUAUUACACCACGCUGCAUCUGCCGGUUCGGUCGAUGCCUUUUCUUUGUUACUCGACUACGGGGCCCUGGGCCUCAUCAACGACACCGACGAAGAUGGCAACACUCCCUUACACCUGAAUGCCAAAGAAGGAAAUUUGGAUCUUAUGCGGAUGCUUCUAGAGCAUCUUGGAGUGGAUGGGGCAGAAUCCAGUGCUCGGAUUGACGCCCGCAACAACCAAGGGCAGACUGCCUUCCAUUGCGCUGCAUGGUCGCAUACGGCAGAGGCUGGCCGCUUCUUGCUCGAGCACGGAGCCCUCGUCGAUGUCACCGACAAAGAUGGCAAUACUCCCUUACAUGUCGGCGCAGCCAAUGGAAACUUGGAGAUCAUACAGAUGCUUCUGGAGCACCCCCGAGCGGAUGCGGAGGAUCCCGGUGAUCGGAUUCACGCCCGUAACAAGCAAGGGCAGACUGCUUUGCAUUGCUCUGCACGGGAGGGAAAAGCAGAGGCCGUCCGCCUCUUGCUCGAGCGCGGAGCCCUCGUCGAUGUUACUGACGAAGAUGGUGACACUCCCUUACAUGUCGGCGCAUCAAACGGAAACUUGGAUAUCAUACAGAUGCUUCUAGAGCACCCCCGAGCGGAUGCGGAGGAUCCCGGUGCUCGCAUUCAUGCCCGUAACAAGUACCAAAGGACUGCGUUGCAUGUCGCUGCACGGUCGUACCGUCCGAAGGGAAAAGCAGAGGCCGUCCGCCUCUUGCUCGAGCGCGGAGCCCUCGUCGAUGUUACCGACAAAAAUGGCAACACACCGUUCCAUCUGAGCGCACUCAAGGGGAACUUGGACAUUAUGGAGAUGCUGCUGGAGCACCCCGAAGCGGAUGCGGAGGAUCUCGGUGCUCGCAUUCAUGCCCGUAACAAGUGGGGGCAUACUGUGUUGCAUCACGCUGCACGGUGCGAAGAGGUAGAGGCUUGUCGCCUGUUGCUCGAGCGCGGAGCUCUCGUCGACGACGUCGACAAAGCCGGAAAUACUCCCUCACAUUCUGCGGUUUGGAAAUGGAUGCAAGCCCCAGAUGCCAUCUGCUUUCUUCUCGAGUAUCGUGCGAAGCAGAACCUAGGAGGUCUACCGCGGGCUCAUAAACUCAGGAAUCAACUGCGCCGCCGUGCCGAGGGUUACAACGGCGAACUGUGGCGGCCCAUUCUCAUAGACUUCGCGUCUCAGUUCGAGGCAGUCGAGGUCAACCUUGCCGAGACGUGGUUCGUAGACGUCUAG